CUUGCAAUGGAAGCCGACGCUUCGUCAUACAAGAUUAUAUUGGGCUCAUCCUCUAUUGCACGCCGGAAGAUAUUGGCUGAAAUGGGCUACCAAUUCACGACAAUGACCGCAGAUAUUGAUGAGAAAAGCAUCCGAAAGGAAACUCCUGAAGAGUUGGUCAUGGCUUUAGCUGAAGCCAAGGCUGAUGCCAUCAUCUCAAAACUCCAAACAACCAAUAGUCAAGAGGCUGUUGAUGAAUCGACAAUUUUAAUUGCAGCGGACACAGCAGAAGCUAUUUUAAAGAGGCUCCCCGUUGAUGACCACAUAAAGGAUGCUGAGCCAACAUUAUUAAUUACCUCUGAUCAAGUGGUGGUCUAUGAAGGCGUGAUAAGGGAAAAGCCAUCUAACAAAGAAGAAGCUCGACAAUUCUUGAAAGAUUAUUCUGGAAAGCAUGCAGCAACUGUAGGGUCUGUGCUAGUUACAAACCUCAAAACAGGGUUCCGUAAAGGAGGAUGGGAUCGUGUGGAGAUAUAUUUCAAUGAAAUACCAGAUGAGAUCAUCGAGAAGCUGGUUGACGAGGGAGUGACACUCAACGUUGCUGGGGGUCUCAUAAUUGAGCAUCCUUUAAUAUUACCAUUAGUCAAAGAAGUGGUAGGGACAACGGAUAGUGUGAUGGGACUUCCCAAAGCUCUGACUGAAAAUCUCUUAAAGCAGGCCGUGUAGCUGUCGCUGCCCUUGCGCCUUGGCAGACUAAUUAAUUUAAAUGACAUUAACCAAACUCUGCAUUUUCUGAGAACAGUAACACUAUUCUGCCGAAAUGUCGUGGCUGUCAUUUCUGGGCUGUUUCUGGCAAGAUGGCCAGUUUGCACAA